AGUGUAGCAAAAGAGGGACCAACACAAUAUUAGGCAGGUGGUCAUAAUGUUAUGCCUGACUGGUGGCCAUGAAGUUAUUCCUGAUCUGUGUAUAUCAUUAUAAUCUCUGAAAUAUGUAUUGAAUUUGUUCGAGCACCUGUUUAAGAACGUAAACAGCCAAUGUGUUCGCAGUGUACGUGGCUCUACCUUCAUCCAGGAGGCUUUAAGGCGAGCCAGAGAGCUAACAGAUGCUGCUUAUGCGCGGACUAAUGAGAGGUCUGAUGUGUUUAGAUCUCAUUAAAUUGGAGAUGUUUUACAAAAUGAAAUGCUGCUGUGUUCAUUUUUGAGCUUUUGUGUCUCAGAGUGAAGAUGUCUGUGAAACACGGCUCUUUCCGUCCCAGUGACCUGCUGGCACAGUUCAAACAGAUCGGCAUUGGAACCAGGAAGCAUAUCAGAGCUGCGGAGCUGCUGGACAACACGAUGGAAGUCAUCAGAGAGAUGGUGUACACACACACUAUGGCUCAGCCUAAACAUACCGAGCUGUUGAGCAUGGAGGAUGUAGAGACCUUACUGGAAGCUACAGGCUGUUUAGCAGAGAUCAAGAGACCUGAGUGCAAAAGAGUCUGCCUUUCAGAGCGCUACCGCACCAUCCCAGGCCACUGCAACAACAGACAGAAUCCACUGCUGGGGGCGGCUAAUACUCCAUAUGCUCGCUGGCUUCCACCAGCGUAUGAAGAUUUUCAUGGCACCCCCAGAGGCUGGAACCCUCAACACACCUACAGUAACUUUACAUUGCCUCCAGUUCGUGUGGUGUCACAGGAGGUGUUGUACACCCAGAAUGAGAAAAUCUCCUUGGAUACAUCUCUGUCCCAUCUGCUGGUCGAGUGGGGUCAGUGGAUUGACCAUGACCUGUCGCUGACCCCUCAAAGCCCAAGCACGGCCUCGUUCAGGACCGGAGCGGACUGUACACGUACCUGCAGCAAAGACACACCGUGUUUCCCUAUUCAGAUCCCUCUCAUGGACCCUCGUCGUGGUGUUCAGAGCUGCAUGCCAUUUUUCCGAUCAGCUCCAGGCUGUGUAGACGCCUCUGUCGUGUGCCGACACCGGGAGCAGCUGAACGCCAUCACGGCCUUUGUAGAUGCCAGCAUGGUUUACGGCAGUUCAGAGGAACUCGCUCGCUCUCUGCGUAAUCUCUCCUCACCUUUCGGCCUGCUCACACACAACCAGCUACAUUCAGACCAGGGACUCGCAUACCUUCCGUAUCUGCCCCGCACACACACACAACUGGACCCGUGUGCACCGCGAGAGGGCUCCAACACAGGAAAGAACACAACAUCUAUGGGCAACUUGACCUUCUGCUUUCUGGCAGGUGAUUCUCGGGCUAAUGAGCAUUUGGGAAUGAUUGCUCUCCACACCCUGUUUCUGAGAGAGCAUAAUCGAAUAGCCAGGGAGCUGCACAUGCUCAACCCCCACUGGAGCCCAGAUACACUGUACCAAGAGGCCAGGAAAAUCCUUGGAGCUGUCCAUCAGAUCUUGACAUGGGAUCACUACUUGCCACAUGUCCUGGGGCACAGAGCAUACGCUGAGCUCAUGCCACCCUAUCGGGAUUAUGACCCUGAGGUUGACCCCAGCAUAACCAAUGGGUUCUCCACUGCCGCCUUCCGCUUUGCCCAUGUGACCGUGCAGCCCAUAGUGAACAGACUGGGACCUAAAUAUCAGCUCAACCCUAAACAUCCACCGCUGCCUUUACACCACUCCCUGUUUGCCUCCUGGAGGGUGGUGGAAGAAGGUGGUAUAGAUCCAGUGCUGCGAGGUAUGUUGUUGUCCCCAGCCAAGCUCCAGGCUCCUGAGCAAAUGAUGGUGGAGGAGUUGACUGAGAGACUGUUCCAGGCCAAUGGUGGACUGCCCCUGGACCUUGGGGCUCUAAACUUACAGAGGGGACGUGAUCAUGGCCUGCCUGGAUACGGUGCAUGGCGAGAGUUCUGUGGUCUCUCUGUCCCUGGGAACGAAUCUGAUUUAAUAGAGAUUUUAGGGAGCGUAGGCCUGGUGCGUAAGCUGCUCGCCCUGUACGGUACAGUCUGGAACAUUGAUGUGUGGGUGGGUGCAAUCUCAGAGCGUCCACUGUCUGGAGGGAGAGUUGGACCCCUGCUGUCCUGCCUGAUUGCCAAACAAUUUCGUGCACUCAGAGAUGGAGACCGGUUUUGGUGGGAGCGAGAGGGUGUGUUUAGCACCGCUCAGAGAUGCUCGCUGCGUACGGUAUCUCUCUCUCGCAUCAUUUGCGACAACACGCACAUCUGCCUGGUGCCCUCGGACCCAUUUGUACGGACCCUUCACCCUGACAAGCUGUUACCCUGCACACAUGCAAACAUCACACACCUAAAUCUCUCUGCAUGGAAAGAACCAGAAACUGACCCAGUGUGUGGCUCCAUUCCUCGGCUGACGGUGGGUUUCUCGGUGCUCUGUGAUUCAGCAGUGCUGUACCAGUGUCCCUCUGGCUAUCUGCUUCAUGGGGCAACAAACAUUACCUGCAAUCCAAAGACACGAUUGUGGACUCCAAACCCCCCCAUCUGUCAAGAUAUUGACGAGUGCCUAAGUGGACCUGUCUGUCCACCAAACCUGCUGUGCCACAACACCCCAGGUUCCUUCAUUUGCACAGAGUCCACUACACUUUCUGCCUCGUCUAUCGUUGCUGCAGUGACGACAGUCAUUGGAGGUGUUGCUGUGAUGGCCCUAAUAGUUAGUUUUUAUAAAGGGCUUUUCAUCAGAAAAGGGACAAUCAGCCGAGCAUGUUGUAAACAGAAACACUGAAACUUCCGUUUCACCCCUCCUGACCCCUAGGGGUGACGUGAAACAUCUGGAUGCGUCAUUGUUUAUGUUUGCAGCAUAGUUUCAUAGUGUAUGCAUGCUGCAGAAACGGCAAUGCGUUCUGCUGCCUUGCAGAUGUCUUUCUUCUUGCUCUGUAUAAAACAGUAACAGAGCUUCAUGGUGUAGCCACUGAAUUUUUACAAAUCCCCAUUGCUACCUAACCAGCAGCUAAUCAGCAGCUUUUUGCUGCUAAUCCACAGCUGUAGGGUUUUAUUUGCUUUUCCCUUCACAAAUAAAUGGUCACCACUUUUCUCUUUAGAGUCCAACUUCCCUCUAUCGUUGAUGCUAUGCUAAAAACCUGUGUCUGAAUCUAUUGGAUGUUAGAUGGGCACUAAAUAUGUACUCACUCUUUUAAAAUUGAGCAUCAUACAGUUUUUCUCAGUUGCUCUGCAGCUUUUUUCUAAUCAUCCGUAAUAUUUGCAAAGCAGUAAGUGCAUUUCUCAAAACAUUGUGUACAAACAGCACAACACAUUGGAUUUCUUGCAAAAGUCUGUAUUUUAAAUUUUAAAAAAUCCCUAGUUCAUCUUUCACAAGUAAGUAUUUGUAUCAAUGAUCACCUCAUUGCCAUCAGAAUGACACGUCCUUUUCUCAUUGUUACAAACAAGAUCGUCAAAAUGUUUGGUUGUGUUGUCAGUAUGCUGGCGCACGGUUUGGCUUCCAAUGAUUGAAAAUGACGAGGCUGAAUUUCUUCUGUAUGGGAAUCUCAACAGCACAAAUGUACACAUUACUGUACAGUAUGUAGGAUAUUGAUUGCAUAAGACCGGAUGUACACUUUUACUGUUCUGUACUAGUGUUCGUUCUUUUCCUGGUUGUUCCUCCAUUUUCAUUUUUUGCUCUGUCGCUAAUUGAAGGUUCACGAGACCUUUGACCUGUUUUAGAGAACUAGUUGAUCAUUGGUUGAUCUGAUGCCGUACAUGCAUCUAUGCAGGUUGCAGAACAGAAAUGUUUGUCUUUGGGAACCACAUACACACAGGACCAAGACCAAGAGUUGGAGAGUUGUUCAUCGUGGGGAUAACCUUGUCUUCUAUGUGUUGGUAGUCACAGAACUCUGGGGUGAACUUUUGGUUCCUAACCAAGGUGGAUAGUAAGGAAGUAAAUGCAAUUAGUUUCUGUAUUUAAGUCAUGUAUCUGUACUUUACUGAAGUAUUUCCAUUCGGGAGACUUUUACUUCACUACAUUUUGCGAAAUCACUCGUUCCUUUUCAUUUGAGUGGAUAAAAACUGGUCAAACACGCAGCAAUCCACCAAUCAGAGUGAAGCGCACCCUGUUUUGAACUUGUUUUGAUUGCUGCUUUUACUUAUCGCCAACCUACAGUUCAGCAUCAAAGGAACAAAUGAUGGAAGGAACUCCUGAUUUUAUUGAAGUACUUGAAAAGGUUUUGGACUCAUGAUAAUUUGAAAAGAUAUAAAUCAGUGUUUGACUCAUUAAUAUCAUUCUAUUAAUAGAUCGAUGUGCUGAAACAGUAGAGUCUUUUCACAUAAACUGAAAAAAUCUUGUGACAAAAAUACUUUUGUACUUUUACUCAAGUGACCGUUUAAAGGGGACACUUUUACUGGAGUCAUAUUUUACCUUGUGUAUCUCUACUUUAACUCGACUACACAGCACUACAUUCUCACCCUCAAGUCAAGUCAAGUCCAGUUUAUUUCUAUAGCGCUUUUCACAACAGACAUUGUCUCACAGCAGCUUUACAGAAAUCAACAUCAAGGUAAUUGGUGUGUAUUUAUCCCUGAUGAGCAGCCGUGGCGAAUGCGGCAAGGAAAAACUCCCUUAGAUGUUAUGAGGAAGAAACCUUGAGAGGACCCAGACUCAAAAGGGGAACCCAUCCUCAGUUGGGUGACAUCAAGCUACUACUGAUCACCCUCUACUGUAAUGUACCAUUCUGGUAGGAGUAUUUUUCUCAUGCCAAUUGCUUAAACACCAGCCAAUCCAAAAAAUCAUUGCUAGUUUCACUUUAGCAUUACAAAGCUCUAAUUUAAAAAUCUAGGAUAGUCCUAAGAUGAUUAAUGUUCCUCUUGGUUUUUUCAUACUAGUUAAAUGUGUAACCACGUUUCAAUGUUUCAAUAAACCACUAAAAAAACAACUGCCAUGGUUCAAACCAGUGCAAACCCGAUAAGGUCUUGAGUAAUGACGGCUGAAUUUGAUAACGUACCUUAUAAAGCAAUCAUUCAGUUGACUUACACCUCUCCUAGUGCUUAUCUGGGGUUUAUAAAGCCAGUCAAAGUUGUAAGCAAAUAUGGAUUGUAUUUCUAUUGAUUGUUUUAACGGGUAAUUUAUCUACAGUGACAUAACGUGUGUGUGUGUGUGUGUGUGUGUGUGUAUAUAUCUGAUUAAACUAUUUACUGUAAACAAAAUAUUUUUACUCAACCAACCAAUAAUAAAGUAUUUUGUUAUGUAUACUGUAUAUACUGCAACAGUGUGUUCUGUGUUGUUUCUGCCUUUCUUUUGCCCUGGUAAAUCUGUUCUUUCCUGCUUACCUAACCCAUAUAUCAGAUUUAUAGCCUACAGGCACUUCUGCCAUGGAGUAUCUUCUCCCUACAGCCAAUCUGAUAUGGAUUAUUCAGUGCUUUGAAAUAGACCUGCUUCCUUAUUUCACAGCACUGAAUUAUCCAUAUCAGAUCGAGAUACUUUAAGCCUUAAAGUAUCCCACUCUCUCAAUUUGAGUGAACUUCAGACGUAUACAGUAGCGACGGGUCGUUCAUAAGCGAUUUGUUCAUUUUGAACGAGUCUUUAAUGUGACUCAGAAGAACGAGAUUUAUUUUCUACUGAACAGAGUGGAGUAGUUCAUUUCUCGACUCUUCCAGUUCGAGUUAUUUCUUCUUUUACACUUUUUCUCAGCUGCAUGGGAGCAUUUCUCGAAUCAUCCUGCAUUUCUCGAAACAAUGUGUACAAACAGCACAAAACAUUGGAUUUCUCGCAAAAGCCUGUCCUU